AUGGAGACCGGCAUCUUGGAACUCCAUCCUACUAAAAAGGUACACAUUGCCUUGUUUCGAAAUGUGACGAAUGCCUCAGAAUUAAGACAACGUUUAAUCAAUCAAGAUAACACAUUGGCUUGUUCAUUAAUCAAUGCUAAAUUGGUCAUCAACAAAUUGCAUGUUCUUUUGGCUGCAAACAGAGCAGUAUCUGAUGAAUCUAUGGGAAAGCUCAAGACACACAAUGUGCAUUCAGAGAUCUUGUACGAUUUUGGCACCACAAACAAUAUUGCAAAAACAUUCAUUACAUUUGGGAUUGCAGAUGACACAACAGAUGUUGUUGCUGUGAAGAUUGGUGAAUCAGAGGCAGAUGCUGAAAUGCACAUGAAAGAAUGCGUCAAGGGCGAUCUAGUCUCUCUGGAUCAUUUAAAUAAUAUUACAGAUCUUAAAUUAAUUGAAAACACGUAUCAGAUUGGAGAUCAACAGCAAGACAUCGAUAGCAUCAUUUCAUUAGUCGCUGAUGGCAUGGCAUUACGAGGCCAUUAA